CUGUAGUAGAGGCGUGGCCAUUUUUGAGACCCUCCCUUGUGUACCUAGGAUCAAGUCACCCUUGAACAACAGAGUGACAUGAUGCUAAAGCCAGUCUUCUGUACACUUCGUGUGGCAUAGCACCAUAUAGGCUUUAACGGGGCAAAACCUUUAAACACGUGCUUGGUUGGGCCGAAAGAUCAGUCAGUCGAGCAAGAAGUAACGCGUAAUUAUCGUCAAAUCAGGCGGAAUAGGUGUACGCCCGCCACCCUGCGGUUUAAUCAAGUAUAAUUUGGGUUGUCCGAUUCGCAACUAGUUUUUUUUUUUUUUUAAUUCGUUUGUUUCCGGGUAAUUUGAUCUUCGGCAAUAACGGACUGAUUGCGUCGGUGCUUUGUUUCAUUGAGGACUUGAUUUUUGUGUUUGAAAUUUCCCAGUGAAUGCAUUUGAUGUUGGUUUAGAUUGGCGCUAAAAGGGAAACGGGUAUCUCCAAAAAGCUCAACCUGGGAGCCACAUCCGGACCCGUCCCGACUCCGGGCGGGUUUUCGCCAGUGAUUUCCGCCGCAAAAACGCUUUCCCUACGGGAUUCAUCUUGCGCCGAGAGUCUCUGGAAGAUGCCGCACAAAGAAGAAGACCUUAUGCACCAUUCUAUGGGCCAGAACAUCUUCGGAUGUUCUUCGGCGGGUCAUAGCGGCAUCAACCAGCUCGGCGGCGUCUACGUCAACGGACGACCUCUCCCAGACUCUACCAGACAAAAAAUCGUCGAGCUCGCUCAUUCUGGAGCACGCCCUUGUGAUAUAUCCCGCAUUCUACAAGUAUCCAACGGAUGCGUGUCGAAAAUCCUGGGAAGAUACUACGAAACGGGCUCCAUCAAACCGAGAGCGAUUGGUGGCUCCAAACCUCGAGUCGCUACUCAACCAGUCGUAAAUAAGAUAGCUGACUUUAAACGAGAGUGUCCUUCUAUCUUUGCUUGGGAGAUUAGGGAUAGAUUGCUUAGUGAAGGGGUUUGCAACAAUGACAACAUUCCCAGUGUCUCGUCCAUAAAUCGCGUUCUCCGGAACUUGGCGAGCCAAAAAGAACAACAAGCGUCGGCCCAAAACGAAUCGGUUUACGACAAACUGCGGAUGUUUAACGGCCAGGCGCCCGGCUGGGCCUGGUAUCCAGGAACUCCGACCGCGCCACAUCUUGGAUUGCAUCCAGCUCCCACGCUCGCCACGCAAAUUACCAGGGACGAUAUCCAGAAAAGAGAUGUGAUCCAUGAAAACACCUCAGAUGGCAACUCGGAACACAACUCUUCAGGAGACGAAGAUUCUCAGCUUAGGUUAAGGCUCAAAAGGAAACUACAAAGAAAUCGAACUUCAUUCACCAACGAGCAAAUUGAUAGUUUGGAAAAAGAAUUCGAGAGGACCCAUUAUCCAGACGUUUUCGCGAGGGAACGGCUAGCCGAGAAAAUUGGAUUGCCUGAGGCACGUAUCCAGGUUUGGUUUAGUAAUCGGAGAGCAAAAUGGCGUCGGGAAGAAAAACUGCGCAACCAAAGACGUGCAGUUGAUCAAGUGGGUACUGUCAGCCCGCCAGUCCCUACAAGUCGCUUGUCAAUUAACUCUGGGUUCAAUUCUAUGUACUCUUCAAUACCGCAACCUAUUGCUACUAUGGCAGAUACUUACAGCCCAAUGGCAGGCGGUUUGACCUCCAGCUGUUUACAACAAAGAGAAGCCACAGGCUACCCCUAUAUGUUCCACGACCCUCUGCAUUCCUUGAGUUCUUCGUAUAACUCGAGGGCGGCAGCCUGUAAUCCCGCCGUGGCUCACACUCAGCCCACCACGCAUCCCUCUUAUGCUUCGGCAGGGUCGGCGGGUGGUACGCCUGUAUCAACUGGAACUGGUGUAAUAUCAGCAGGUGUUUCUGUACCAGUUCAAAUUCCAUCUCAAUCAGCUGAUUUGGCUUCGAACUAUUGGCCACGGAUUCAGUGAUCUCAACUCUUUGGGUUUCCUAGUGCGUCCAGUUUGCUGAUGCACCAGGAAACCCAUCAGCUCACCAGUUUACACCACCCAGUUCCGAUUGCGUCGCCACCUACCAGCAGUGUUCUACCCGUAGAAACUCCAGUGGACCGAGAGAGAUCUUAAAAAUUAUAUAAUGUGAUGAACUGGUGUAAAGUGUCAUUGAAGUAAUAUUUUCAGAAAUUGAACCGUGUAGCUAAAGACAGGUGAAGUAUUGCUAUCUUGGACUUGUGUAUACAAAAAAAAUUUACCACAUUAAAUCUAAAAAGCAGGGUAUAAAAAUUGUAAUAGUACGUGCAUCAAAUAAAUGUAAUUGUGUGCAAAUUAAAUAGUGUAAAUAAAAGCUACGGAUGUGAUGUGUUAAGUAGUAGCCUGUAAAAAUAUUUCUACCAUGUCCGAAGCAAUUGAUAAGCAAUGUAUUUUUGGUAGAUCAUUAGUAAUUUAUUGCAAUAAGUUCAAUGAUAACAAUUUCAAUCAUUGAAAAAUUUAUGUAAUAUUAAUUGUUUAUAAUGUACAGCUAUUGUUGGUUACUUUUUUUUUAUUUAGCCUGAUAAUUAAUUAUCAUAAUUUAUAACGCAUACACAUUGCAAUAUAAUUUAGCAAUAACCCCUUCAAAUGAAAAAUUUUAAUGAAACUUUCAAUAAACGGAAAAUUUAAUUAAAAUACAUUCUAUUUAUGAAUCUAAUAUACCUACCUAAUUAAACAAUAGUAGCUACGCAUUUAAAACUUUCGUUCAAUUGAAUAUUCC